GCAGCCGCCAGUGCUCCUCCCCACCCCCUCGCUCGCUCGCUCGCUCACUAGCUCGCUCGCUCAGUAGUGGUAGGCCGGCAGGAAGGCUCCCGGCCCGCUCACAGCUGCCUGCCAUCGACAACGCGCGCGCGCGCGCACGGGAGCGCGCGUCGUCCGUUGUUUCCAUGGCUCCACCCCGCGUCGGCGCCGGCGCCGUGCUGCCCGUGGUGGUGGCGCUCCUCCUCGUCGUCGCAGCAGCGGCCGCCGGCGGCGGCAUGAAGACGGCGACACACGGCGAGGGCGCGAAUCUCAAGGCAUCUCACGGCUCGUCCGCGCCGCCUGCGGCCGGCGGCUCGGCGGAGCAGUUCCGGGGCAAAGCGCGGCUGCCGAGCUUCGCCGCGCCGCGCCGCUACGAGCUCUUCCUCCGCCCCGACCUGGUCACCUGCACCUUCUCCGGCUCGGUGGCCAUCUCCGUCGCCGUCUCCGCGCCCACCCGCUUCGUCGUGCUCAACGCGCUCGACCUCUCCGUCAACCGCGCCUCCAUCCGCUUCCAGGCUUUGGCGCCCACGGAGGUGGUGUUCUUCAAGGAUGACGGUGUGUUGGUGCUCGGGUUUGCCAAGCAGCUGCCCCUCGGCGAGGGCGUGCUCAAGAUGGACUUCAACGGCAUUCUCAACGACCAAAUGAGAGGCUUCUACAGGAGGAAAUUACAAAAAGGGGAAAAGUUGAACUAUGGUUUCUCUUUACUACUCCCGAUUAGUUACUCACCGACCAACCAAGUGACCAGUCCCGAAAAUGCACUGGCUACGAAUUCGAUGAUACGUGGUUUGGAAGUUCACUGUGAAGGCAUUACAGUGUUAUGAUCUAUUUCUGAAAUAAGAGUUUGAUCGAGCACUUUGGUAUGAAUGCCUGUCCUGCUAUUUAUGCUUUUCUGAUUUCAUUUGGUUGCAGUAAAUACCUGUAUAAGGGGAAAGAGAGAAACAUGG